CACACACACACACACACACACACACACACAAUUUAAAAGUUGGAAAGAAAUCCAGAAAUUAGUAAAUCUUUAAAAAUAUGUGAGAAACAAGCAAGACGAUAAAUGACCAAUUAAAUUCCCAUCUAGAAGAAGACGGAGAUACCAGGGAGAGCUGGGGAAACUACCAGCUUCAAAGGAAAAAUGUGAUGACAUUUGGUUUGUGCUCUAACAAAUAAAGCUUGCCUGGAGAUCAGAAGGCAGAGCUAGCCACUAGUUAACCACAGAGGCCAGGCAGUGAUGGCACACAACCUUAAUCCAAGUACAUGGUAGGAGGAAACAGAAAGUGAGAGAGAGGUCAUAGAGAGGAAUAUAAGGUGGACAGAGACAAGAGCUUGGCCCUUUUUGGCAGAGGAGUUGCCGAGGUAAGAGCUGGCUGUGGCUGGCUGCUCUUUGUCUUUCUGAUCUCUCAGCAUUUACCUCAUAUCUGGCUCCUGGUUUUUUAUUAUUAAGACCAAUUAGAUUUGUGUUACAGAAAAUAUCUUACAGUAACACACAACAUUAACUAUAUCCUAAAGUAUUCAAAUAAAAUCCCACUCAUUGUUAUUCCCUGAGGUCCUGACUAACCCACUAAAGCAGUAACUUCAAGCAUCAACUGGUCACUUCCCUGACUGUGGAAUUUGACUUUUGGUGCCUCAGAUAUUUUUUCACUGUUCCCAUUUAAGGUCUACCAUUAGAUCCUGCAUUAGAAAACAAAAGAAAAAUCAAACAAGAAAGAAAGAAGAGGCUGGACCAAUGAGAUGUCUCAGUGCAUCAAGCUGGAGUGUCAUUUGGUAAGAUGUUGGAAUCUUUAAGAGGUGGAGCCUGGUGGAGGAAGUGGGUCACUGGGGACAGGCUUGAGACUUUAUAGCUUGGUGCCACUUCCUGUUCAUCUGCGUCCUUGCUGCUGAUGCUCUGUGACCGGCUGACUUCCUGCUCCUGACACCAAGUCUCCUGUGCCCCAGUGAAAAUAUGUCUUCAAACUAAAAUGGCCACUCACUGGGAGGCCUCCGAGGAGCGGAUUUCCGAGAUUGAUUAUGAGUUUCUCUCUGAGCUCUCUACUCUUCUCGGUGUGGAUACAGUCCAGCUCGCAAAGAGUCAAGAAGAAGAGGAGCAUCAGGAACGAAUGAAAAUGAAGAAAGGUUUUAACUCACACAUGCGCAGUGAGGCCAAGCGAUUAAAGACUUUCGUGACCUAUGACACUUUCAGAUCAUGGACUCCGCAGGACAUGGCAGCCGCUGGGUUUUACUUUACCGGGGUGAAACUUGGGGUUCAGUGCUUCUGCUGUAGCUUAAUCCUCUUUGGUACCAGCCUAAGGAAAACUCCAAUAGAAAGCCACAGGAGAUUACGUCCAGGAUGCGAGUUCCUUUUGGGCAAAGACGUCGGUAACAUUGGCAAGUAUGACAUAAGGGUGAAGAGUCCCGAGAAGCUGAGAAGUGGCAAAGCAAGGUACCAAGAAGAGGAGGCCAGACUGGAGUCCUUUGAGGACUGGCCGUUUUAUGCCCAUGGGACAUCGCCCCGUGUGCUCUCAGCAGCUGGCUUUGUCUUUACAGGUAAAAGGGACACUGUGCAGUGUUUCUCCUGCAGUGGAUGCUUGGGAAACUGGGAAGAAGGAGAUGAUCCUUGGAAGGAGCAUGCCAAGUGGUUCCCCAAAUGUGAAUUUCUUCAAAGUAAGAAAUCCUCAAAGGAAAUUGCCCAGUAUAUUCAAAGCUACGAGGGAUUUGUCCAUGUAAUGGGAGAACAUUUUGUGAAUUGCUGGGUCAGAAGAGAAUUACCUAUGGCAUCAGCUUACUGCAAUGACAGCGUCUUCGCUAAUGAAGAACUAAGGCUGGACACCUUUAAGGACUGGCCCCACGAAUCCCCUGUGGCUGUUGAAGCUCUGGUCAGAGCAGGCCUUUUCUACACAGGCAAAAAUGACAUUGUCCGGUGUUUUUCCUGUGGAGGAUGUAUGUGGAAAUGGGAGGAAGGUGACGACCCAUUAGAAGAGCACACCAAGUUUUUUCCCAACUGUGUCUUUCUCCAAAACCUGAAGUCCUCUGCAGAAGUGAUUCCAGCCCUUCAGAGCCGCUGUGCACUUCCAGAAGCCAUGAGCACCACAGGUGAAAGCAAUCACAAGGAUCCAGUGGCCGUUCACUCUACGGUGGCCGACCUGGCUCAGAGUCCAACCCAGUGGUUUCAAGAGGCAAAGAGUCUGAGUGAGCAGCUGAGAGGAGCCUACACCAAGGCCGCUUUCCGCCACAUCAAUCUGCCAGAGGUGUGUUCCGGCCUCGGCACUGACCACUUGCUUGGUUGUGACCUGUCCAUGGUUUCAAAGCACAUCAGCAGGCCAGUGCAAGAGGCCUCGAUGCUUCCUGAGGUCCUCAGCAAUCUCAACUCCGUCAUGUGUGUGGAGGGGGAAACUGGCAGUGGGAAGACAACCUUCCUGAAGAAAACAGCUUUUCUCUGGGCAUCAGGAUGCUGUCCCCUGCUGAACAGGUUCCAGCUGGUCUUCUACAUCUCCCUUGGUUCCACCAGACCAGACCAGGGGCUGGCUGACAUCAUCUGUGGCCAACUCCUAGAGGCAGGAGGAUGCAUCAGUGAAGUGGGCCUGAGCAGCAUCAUCCAGCAGUUAAAACACCAGGUGCUGUUCCUGUUGGAUGACUAUCAUGGGAUGGACUCACUGCCCCAAGCCAUCGAAACCCUGAUUACAAGAAACUACCUGACCCGAACCUGCUUAUUGAUCACUGUCCAUACAAACAGGGCCAGGAACAUCCGCCCAUACCUAGAUACAAUUCUAGAGAUCAAAGAGUUUCCCUUCUAUAACACUAUCUCUGUAUUACGGAAGCUAUUCUCACAUGAUCUAACCCGUGUGGAAGAGUUUAUAGUUUACUUUGUAAAUAAUGAAGAUUUACAGGGAAUUCACAAAACUCCUCUCUUUAUGGCAGCAGUCUGUACUGACUGGUUUCAAAAUCCUUCUGACCAGUCCUUUCAUGAUGUGGCAGCUUUCAAAUCCUAUAUGAAAUACCUUUCCUUAAAUCACAAGGCUACACCUGAGCCUCUCAAGGCCACUGUGUCCUCAUGUGGCCAGCUGGCCUUGAGAGGCCUUUUUUCAUCUUGCUUUGAGUUCAGUAGUGAUGACCUCUCAGAAGCAGGUGUUGAUGAAGAUGAAGAUCUGACCACCUGCUUGAUGAGCAAAUUCUCUGCCCAGAGACUGAGACCUGUCUACCGGUUCUUAAGUCCUUUGUUCCAAGAAUUUCUGGCUGCCAUGAGGCUAUCUGAACUCCUGGCUUCAGAAAGGCAGGAAGACCAAGAUCUGGGACUUGAUUAUUUGAGAAAAAUUAAUUCACCCAUGAAGGCUAUAAACUCCUAUAACAUAUUUUUGAACUAUGUCUGUAGCCAUCCUUCAUCAAAGGCAGGGCCAAAAAUUGUAUCUCAUUUGCUUCCAUUGGUGGAUGAUAAAGAGUCGCUGGAGAACAUGUCUGAAGAUGAGGAUUACAUGAAGCUGCAUCCAGAAACUUCCCUGUGGAUGCAGUUUGUUCGGGGGUUGUGGCAGGUAUCUCCUGAAGCCUUCUCUUCAUUCGUUUCAGAACAUCUACUGAGCAUCGCUCUAAACUUUGCUUAUGAAAGCAACACGGUGGCUGCCUGUUCUCCAUUUAUUUUGCAGUUCCUUCGAGGGAGAACACUGGCUUUGAAAGUACUGAAUUAUCAGUACUUUGGGGACCACCCAGAAAGCCUGCUAUUAUUGAGGGGUAUAAAAUUUUCCAUAAAUGGAAACAAAACAACAUCUCGUGUAGAUUAUGCAUUCAAGACAUAUUUUGAAAAAAUGCAGCCACCAACUAUUGAUCAAGACUACACAUCUGCCUUUGAGCAUAUAAAUGAAUGGAAGAAAACUUCUAUUGCAUAUGAGGAGGCUGUAAAGAACCAUAUAAAUAUCCGACCCAGGGCCCUACCAGACAUCAGUGCUGGCUACUGGAAACUGUCCCCCAAGCCGUACAAGAUCCCUAGGCUGGAAGUUGGAGUGGACAACAUGGGUCCAACAGACCCAGCACUGCUCCAGGUCCUAAUGGAAGUCUUCUCAGCAUCACAGAAUAUCGAACUCCAUUUGAACCACAGCAGUGGCUUUCUUGAAAGCAUCCGCUCAGCUCUGGAGCUAAAUAAGACCUCUGUCACCAAGUGCUCCAUGCACAGACUGGAGCUCAGCGCAGCAGAACAGGAGCUGCUUCUCAGCUUGCCUGCUCUGCAGUCUCUUGAGGUCUCAGGGACAAACCAGUUACCAGAUCAACUCUUCGCUAACUUGGACAAGUUUCUGAGCCUGAAAGAACUGUCUGUGGGACUAGCUGUCAUACCAAAUGUGCUUUCAGUCAUCCCUGGAGAUUUCCCAAACCUCCACCACAUGGAGAAGUUAUCCAUCCAAACUUCCACAGAGUCUGACCUCUCCAAACUGGUUAAUUUGAUCCAGAACUCUCCAAAUCUUCAUGUUUUCCACCUGGAAUGUGAUUUCUUUUGGAACUGUGAGUCUCUCAUGACUGUGCUUGCUUCCUGCAAGAAACUCAGAGAGAUUGAGCUUUCUGGACAAUGCUUUGAAGCCAUGCCAUUUGUCACUAUUUUGCCAAAUUUUGUUUCUCUGAAGAUACUGAAUCUUAAACGCCAACAAUUUCCAGAUAAGGAAGCAUCAGAAAAGUUUGCACAGGCUCUGGGUUCUCUCAGGAACCUGGAGGAACUGCUCCUUCCCAGUGGGGACGGGAUUCACCAAGUGGCCAAACUGAUUGUCUGGCAGUGUCUGCAGCUUCGGUGUCUCCGAGUUCUUGCCUUUAAGGAGACUUUGGAUGACGACAGUGUGAUGGAAAUCGCCAAGGGAGCAACCAGUGGAGGUUUCCAGAAACUUGAGACCUUAGAUCUUUCAAUGAACCACAAGAUUACAGAGGAAGGGUACAGACAUUUCUUUCAAGCCCUGGACAACCUGCCAAGCUUACAAGUGCUCAACAUCUGCAGGCGAAUCCCAGAUUCCAUCCAAGUUCAGGCCACAACUGUCAAGGCUCUGAGUCAGUGUGUGUCCCGACUGCCCAGCCUCACCAGGCUUGAGAUGCUCAGUUGGCUCCUGGAUGAAGAGGACAUGAAAGUGAUUAAUGCUGUGAAGGAGAGACACCCUCAGUCCCAACGCUUGACUGUCUUCUGGAAAUGGAUAGUGCCCUUCUCUCCUGUCAUUCAGAAGUAAAGGAUGCAGCCAAAGGCUACCAGUGGUUCUAGAAACCCAAUUUUCCAAUGCAUCUCACUUUAGCUGAGGGUGGGAUAACGCCAGAAUUUAGGACACUGAGGCAGGAGAUACCAGCUUGGGUUAUAUAGUAAGACCAUGCCUCCAAACCAAAACCAACACCAAACCAUUUUACUAGUAAUUGCAUAUACAAGACUGCUUAUUAACUAUGGAAGGCUGAUAAUUUUUCCAUUAUUUUUAUUUUAUAUGGAUGAGUGUUUUUGCCUGCAUUUAUGUCUGUGCAUCACAUGGGUGUCUAGUGUCUGCAAAGGACCAAAAAGUGUAUUGAAUCCCCCAGGGUCUGGAGUUAUAGAUGGUUGAGUGUCUCCAUUUGGGUGCUGGGAACUGUACCUUUGUCUUAUAAAAGCAACAAGUACUCCUAAUCCCUGAAUCACCUCUCCAGCCCAAGUCCAGUGAUUUAUUAAAAUAGACCAUCACUGAACUUAGGAGCUAUGAUGAGCUGUCCUUGUAUGGUCCUUCUGUCUAAAGACUAGAGCUUCACUAAGGUUCAUACCUAGAACCCUCCAUUGUCAAGGUCAACAGGAACAGGCAGGGAACGGAGCACUGAUCUAUGUAAAAGCCACAGUAUUAAGGAGUAUUUGAUGGAGGUAAGAAAUGGCCAGUUUAAGGAUGAGUCAGUCCCACCCAUGGUGAAGCACGAGCUGACUUUAGCACAGGAUGCAGAGGACUCUUUGCAGAGAUGCUCUUUAGUCUUUGCAGGGCUUCUGUAGAGUCACCAGCCUUGGUGUGGCCAUGCUUGCUCACACCAUCUCCCAUCCAUUGUCGAUGUGAGGAAGAAAGUGGGCUUAGAGAAAACUGCUUUUGUUCCAGAGGCUUUUGAGAUCUUUGCAUGUGAUGUAGUGGUCUCAUGGUUUUCUUAGGAAUCCACGGUACUUGGUAUAUUUGAUUCUAUCUAGUAAGCACUUCUAGAUGUAUUCAUGUGGUAGUUUGAAUAGGAAUGAUCCCCAUAGGCUCAUAUAUUUGAAUGCUUGGUCAUCAGAGAGUGACACUAUUAGGAGGUAAUGUGUCACUGCGGGGAUUGUUUCUUGUUGUACAGACGUGGGGAACAUCAGAAACAACCAAACCACUGCAGUUCUGAUUUAACCUUUAAACUGCUUCCCAAAUUACUUCCGGUAGCCUUUGAUCCCUGAAACAAUGUAAGCCCCACUCUGCUAAAAGACCAAGGGCUAACCCUCGAUGCGCUGAUCCUUGACCUUCUUAUAUCUGUCAAUAAAGCAAGCAGGGGUGUGUGUGUGGAGUUUUGCACAGGUCCUGACAGCCAUAAACAAAAUUAUAAUCCCAAGAUUCUCAAAAUCAAAUGUUUUGCUAGCAUCUGCAUCAGCUGAGUCCAGAGAGUUCGCAGUAGUAGGAGUAUAUGUUUUCCUUCGUCAAGUAUUUCUGUAGAUAAAACCAUUUACUGAAUGCAACUCAAAAUAUAAAUCAUACAUGCUUGAUAUAGAUACCAGUCAGCGUUAUAUAGUGAGUCUCUCUCCAAUAUAUAUACUCUCCAAAUAAUAUGUAUUUAUAAUAUAUGUAAUUAUAUAUUAUUUAAUAUAUAGCUAUCUAUCCAUAUAUAUUAUUUGGACAAUAAUACCUCAGAAAUUAACCAAUGCUCCCUCAGAACUUUACAUGUUUUACUCUUGAUUUGGACACUGUAAUUUUAGAAAGUCUACUUUAAUUCAGUAUGGAGAUGAUUUUACUGCUUAAUUCUUCAUCUAUGAAGGACUCAGCAUUUGACUCAGGGUUUCUGUUACAAUGGGCUUAUCAGGGUCUAAGACUCACUUCAAUAAGCUUUACUUCUGAGAAGAAAUGGUGCCUUAUCCAGGCUGUGACAUCAGCAAAGGAAGUCUUCAGAAAAAAUUAAUAUCAUCCAACUUUAUCUUCAGACAUCGAUGGAAGACACACAUAAGAUUCCUUGGACUUGCAUGCAGUGUAUCGAGGGCUGUCUGUCCCCAAGUUUGGACUAACAGGUCCACAAACUAAAAAGAACACACUGUCAACUUCUCUUCAGGAAACAAAACACAAGGCCCUUGAUAAACUUAAAAGCACAUCGUAAAGUCCUCCUGUGUUAGGACUCCCUAACUCUAAAUCCUUUGUAUUGCCCGAGAAUGAAACAAACAAGCCUGAGAAGUCCCCACAUUCAAACACAGGCAGGAAAAACACCCAGCCUCACAUGGGACAGAUCUAAAAGAUCUGACUCAAAUCUCCCACAGAGUCAGGACGGCACAACCAUUUAUCUCUUUGGUUGGCUAAAUAUUGGCUUUAGGAUCUUGGUUUGGGAUCCUGUCAGACUCUGGGUCCUAUCUCCCUGCUGAUUCUGGUGAAAACAUUUGUUGAGCCCCAUGGUUUCUUAAGAGCCUUAAAGCUUGUCAGUAGCCAUUAGCUCAGCAAAAGAUCCACCCCACCGCCCGCCAGUACUGACAGACAAAAGCUGCCUGUUGUGGCACUUGGUUUAAAAAAUCUAUUAAAAUUCCCCUUUGUUAUCUGCAAGGGCCUGAACAGGUACCUACCGGGGCAGAGAACUAGUUAUAAUCCGGUCACAUUCUCAGAUCACCCCAGAGCGGGAGACUUUAUAACAUAGUAACAAUUGGGGCCACAGUUUGUACACCCCUAGGCCAUGCCAACUCCUAAACAUAGCCACAGAACAGAAACUAAGCCAUUUUUAAUUUCCUUGAAAUGCAAGCGCUCAACAAAUACACUCAAGCUUUUUCUUGAGAGUAUGACGAAGUUAAAACAGCUAGUUUUGGGCAAACGAGCUUGUAAAGCUCCAUUUACUUCAAAAGGAUACAUGUUUUUAGGGCCCAUCACAAGACAUCACUGAAUUUCUUCCUUUAAGCUCUGUAAAGUGUGCAGUAACUCUUGACAGCCACCCUUGGCUUCUCACAGUCACACACUGUUCUGUGUGUACAAUGCACUCUUUUUUUAAACGAUGUGAUUUUAUCUGUACAGAUCCUACGGUGCCUUUCUCACCGCAUGGUGGGUCUUGGAGUAACUCCUUUUCAUCUCUCCUCCAAGAGAAAGGAGGAGCUUGCGACCUAGAUCUGAAGGCUCCUGUGUGGUUUCUUUGAAGACACCCAGUGCUCAGCUCGAGAAAGUAGACGGGACCUCCAUCCUCUCCUUCACCGCACUAAGAGAGCACCAAAGCAUUUGUGGCCAAGUCUCAUUUAUUAGGCAGGGAAAGGACAAUUCUAAAUAGAAAGGCAAGAAAAGCUGUAUGGGGAAAUGAGUCCAUGAUCCGGCUGUAAAAGAUACCAAGCCUUUGAAAAUCUGUAAUGGAGACAAGGCCAAACCAUGCAAGACAUACUUAAAAUAUAAAACUGUAACAAAGGUGAAGAGUCUCCAAAUGCUUCGCGAAACAAGAAAUAAUAUUUCUUUCUCAACUUCUUUGGCUCAAAGGACAAAAAGGACCACAGCAAUUAACCUUGGGUUUCUCAAGUCACUACUGCCUGUUGAUAAACAGACAGAUUCGACUGCAAUGAAAAUGUCUCCCUAGCUAGGGUCGGCUCACUUGAAGGAGGGUGAAUUUGAGAUGGAUUCUGUAAGGCUAAUUGAGCGAGGUCAGUCGAGGUCAGGACUGAGAAGGGCUUGCAAUUAAUUAAACGCUCCCCAGGUGCUGGGAAGCCACUGCAGUUAGUGAUGCUGGGCAGCUGACUGGUGUGAAUUGGCAGACAUUGAUCAGGAAAUUUGACUUUAGCUAGCCCACCCCAGACCCUGGGAAGGUUACAGUGUGUCAACGGUAGGCCCUCCGGGUCUUGCAAGACUUUGAUGAGAGUGGCUGAGUUGUGAUAAAUAUAGAUUUUUUUCUGACUGCAAAUAUAGUCGUCCAUUCAGGGAAGAAUGAAUACUCUUGGGUCCCUUCCUUGGGCUAACAGACUAUGGAAAUAAUGGUCAUCAAGCAAUUGGAAUUUUCUGGGGACUCUUAUGCUAGAAGAAACUUGUCUCCUAGAAAGAGAUGUUACUCAGUUUUGACAAUGUGCCAGACCACCUUGCAGGAGACACUGGAUCUGAGACAAGAGGGUUGGGGGAGCACCCCUUCAAAGGGACUGCUUAAUUAUGCAGUCCUCCUGCCUUGUAUUUAACCCUAAACCUCAAGUAAGAACCUGAAGAUGGACAUGGGUGGGUCACUGGACCUCUUUGUUCCCUUCCCAGUGUGAUCCUGGUGACUACCCUUUCUCUGUUUAAGUGACCUACUGAGGGCAGGAGGCUUCGCCUACCUUAUGGGGCCACCAGGGCCCAGGUUCUGACUGUAACUCUGAUAACAGGAAGAGUCCAUGGGUUUGCAGUCCAUAGGCAAAUGACUGUAUAAGUCACUGUGUGUGUUACUUGUUUUAUGGACAGUCCCUUUUAAACACAGCCCCCGUUACUCAGCAGAUAUGUCUUAAUAUUGACUAGUGAGUUGUUUCAUUCAUGUUCUUUAAUACUAACUUAUAGAAACUAUAUCUACCUAUUCAUAUAUAUCUAUAUCUAUAUAUCUAUAUAUAUGUUGGGUUUUUUUGAAACAGGGUUUCUUUGUGUAGCCCUGGCUGUCACUCUGUAGACCAGGCCAGCUGUGAAGUCACAGAGAACCACCUGCCUCUGCCAUCCAAGUGCUGGGAUUAAAGGCGUGCUCCACCACAGCUCAGCCAGAAGCCAUAUUCUUUCCUGAAGUUUUUUUUUUUAAAGUAAUAUUAACCCAGGAACAUGAAUAUUUUAUUUUAUUUUAUUUUUUAUUUUUUUUUUUUUUUUUUGGUUUUUCGAGACAGGGUUUCUCUGUGUAGCUUUGCGCCUUUCCUGGAACUUGCUUUGGAGACCAGGCUGGCCUCGAACUCACAAAGAUCCGCCUGCCUCUGCCUCCCGAGUGCUGGGAUUAAAGGCGUGCGCCACCACCGCCCGGCUCAUGAAUAUUUUAUAUGCAUAUACCA